UCGACAGCGCUCGACUCGGAUGGUUCUCGAUAUCUCGUACCCCAGGGUACUGACUUAAUUUUUUUAAAUUUAAACUAAAAAAAACCGAAAAUUUUUAAAAAAUAAUUCCGUGCCACGAUUUUUCAACUCCGAAUAAAAUAAAAAAAACAAACCGAUUGCAAUAAGAAAAAGUACACUGUGCAAUUGUGAAAGGUGUAAGGAGUGCUUGUGAUUUAUAAAAGAAUCUAAUUAUAUAAUACAAUGUGAUGAUUUAAAAUUAUCUAUAAUUUAUAUAUUAUUAUUAUAUAAAUAAUAAAUUUUAAAUAAUUUAUAGUAAAUAAAUAUAAAAGUGUCAAGUGAAAUUCUGGAUACUUCUGAUGGAGUAGAAAGUCCGAUAAAGUUGCCAUGAGGAUGAACAUCGUAACUUGUUUAUGUGCGCAACCAUCACCAGGCAAAUGUUUUGAAUUAUAUGCUUAUGACGGAAGAAUAAUUACCAGUAAUGAAAUAGUAGCUGUAAUAGAAGAUAAAAAUAUAAGUUGUAAUAAUAAAAGAGUAGACGGGAAUGACCAUGACGAGUGUGGCUGUUGGGCCGGCUAGCCUCGGAGCGCCCUCAGCGAUGCUCGGCCCCAAGAGAUAUCUUCAGCAGGGCAACACUUCUAAUCCAUCAUCACCCACACCUAAUAAAGGCUACGAGACACUGAGCAAGGGCAAGAAGUCGUGGAGCGUAAGGUUGGGUCUGUCACGGCAAAGUCAGCCGUCCGAUGAAACGACAAGUGGUUGGAGCACGAUAAGCGGUGGCAGUGCCCUGUCCCGUCAAAUGCUCUACGGCGAGCCAUGGCUCUACGGCACAGUGAGAUCUUCACGCUCUAGCUUGGAACCCCGGGGUUUUCUGACCCCGCCUCCCCCACCACCUGGCGCUCCGAUCCUCGUAGUCUGUUCUUGUCCCGAGUUCCUCAGCGGGACUACAAGGAAGCUGGGAAAUUGCCGUAAGUGCGGAGGUCAUCGGCUCGCUGGGAUUCCUCUGGGAGGAACGUGCAGGAUUCCUGCCAGCUCUGUUCGCACCAGACCCAGUCUUGCUGGAGUAUUGAGACCAUCAGUCGAUGACCCCUACGAUGUUAUGCGAAGAAGUCGUUUAGUAGAGCCACGGUCACGUGCCAGAAGUAUAUCUCCGCACCGUCAAUCAAAUCAACGUGACCAACGGAGUCAGAGUGUGAUCCGUAACACAAAAGAACGUAAAAUUAGCAACGCAAGUACCACAGCUGUUUCGCGUACAGAGUGGUUUGAUACCGAAGUAAAUUACGCUGAUGAAUUCACAAGAAAAUCUCCCGCAGACGAUUGGGGUAAAGAAAAUUCCGCGAAUUCCAAUAGUCCCUCAAUAACAGCAACUCCACUAUCCACAUCGACGUCAUCACCGACAUCGACAUCGACAUUUACUUCAGCAACUAGACUAUCAAAGGGAAAAAACAAAUGGCAAGAGCCGCUAGCGCGAACUAAUGGACGCGAAACAGAAGAUGUCAGUGUUAGCGUAUCAUCGACACUCGACUCGCGUAAAAGUAUUCUCGAGUGUAAUGUUAAUCCGUACUUACUGGUAAAGAAAAACUUAACGACCAAGGAUGAGGAUGAUUUGAGUGAUGAUCUGUCCGAUAAUGCCCUCGAAUUAGACGAUAUAUCAUCUUCCAGUUUGUUCGAUCCAUCAAAAGUCAAAUCAAUCGAACGCUUACCCAACCGCGGAGCCGUCGCGGCCAUCGGUGGGCAACGCAUACGCGUUUUUAAUGAAGUACGCGAGCUGAUAUCCGACGAUGACGACAAUAUUCCCUCGAUUCAACCGGUCACGCGCAUUCCCAUCCCUAAAGUUUCGCCCAAAAGACCACCGCGAAGACCCAAAGAAACAAAGUCCGUCUUAAAAAGUAUUCUCAAACGCGGGAAAUCUUCAGGAGCUUCGACUAAUUCGACAGAUGGCAUACGUAAAAAUGUACUUUUUAAUGUUAAUAAUAUUAUAUUCGCACCAGAAAAAUCUAAUGAUAGAAGAAUCAGUAAAAAUUCUUUGCAUAAUAACGUUAAUAUUAAUAAUAAUAUUAAUAAUAAUAAUAAUAUUAAUACUAAUAAUAAUAAUAGUAAUUGUAAUGUUAAUCUCAAUGGUAAUUGUAAAGAAGAUGACUUAGAGAAACCAAUAAUACCAGAAGAGGUAAAAGAACGCCCUAAAUUUAUAACAAUUCCAAAUAUAAAAGAACCAAAACGUCAGGAAAAAUUAAUGCCGAGUGAUAAAUUGAGUCCGUAUUCGGGGGUUGACAAGAAUGUCCAAGAAAAUAAAAUAAUACCGGAAAUAAAGACGACAUUUCAAGACAGAAAGGUUACUAAGAGACCGGAAGUACCGGCAAGAAACAAAAAGAUCGGUGAUAAUAAAAUUAUUAGUAACGACAGUAAAAAAGAAGGGAGAGACUGCGAGAAAAAUGCGGAACAAGAUGGCGGGUUUUUGUCUAUAAUGGAUGCGACGAUUCCAAAGAUUGAAGUACGGCCAGAAGAUGACACUAACCUGGAAAUUGAAAUCGAAGAGCUCAAGGAUCGACUGACCGAUAUUGAGACUGAUGACAAGGAUUUGCUGCUCAAGGCUGAUGAUAAAAAUCCACGUCUGUGUUUAACAAGGAGCCAGAGUGACAGAUCAAUAGCAAAACCAGAUAUGUCAGCAACAAGCAUCCAAUACUUAGAUACAAUGCGUUUAAGUCUCCGUCGUCCUUCGGACAAAGAAGAGACUAAAGAAAUCCAACAAGACACUGAAUACAAUCCGAGCGAAAACUUAUCACCCACGUCUACGAUUCCAUCGAUAAAAAUAACAAACGCAGACUCUGACGAUAAAUUGAAUGGUUCAGUGACAAGUAUGCGUGAAAUUAAAAAAGAAAUACCAGCCCGUCCUUCAGAAUUGGCUGAGAAAGAAGCAGAACCUCCUCCAUCUUCCAUUAUAUCGUCUCCAUUAAAUCCUUCAAUCGAACAGUUUAAGCGAAUGCGUCCGACUUCAUGGUCACCGCCGCCUGGAAAACUAAAACAUACCGCUCGUGAACGUGUGAGCGACCCUGGACCUUUCAACCACAUAAUUGUAAUGCCAGAGAAUAAACCGAAUCACAGUAUCCAGACAUCUUGGUCUCCAAUCGGCAGUCCGUGUUCCAAGAUCGAAAUUUCAUCAAAACCGGAAAUAAAUAUUUGCAAAAUAACCGUGUCUCCGAAAUCAACGGGAACUCCUUUAGUGCAUCGUCUUCAAGUGGGCGGUGAGUUCCCUAAAGGGUCACGACGUACUUCGAUUCUUAUAAAUGGAGACCAGUCUCCUGAACCGGAACCAAAUGUUACUGACAACAAAGUAACCAUCAGUGUAGGGGGCGAAGACAGUGUUUGUAAUCCGACGGUUAUUUCUGUAAACUCAACGAGUCCGCCAAAGAUUCAAAGCUCGACGGAAAAUAGAACCCUUGUUAUUUUGGAUAAUUAUCAGUCGAAUAUUGUUUUGGAAUCGGCUAAAGAUAAAGCGAAAGAUGACAUCAAGAUGGCGGACAAGAAGAAUGAAAAGAAAAUGGAGGACAACCAGGAGUGUUCGUUGAGAGAAGAGAAACCUCGAUGGUCAGCAUUGUCCAAGGAGUCGCUGAUAUCGAAACUGCUUGAAGAUUCACUACGGAAAGCGCGGGAAAACGGGGAAAUUCUUGACGAAAGUAGCGGUGAAGCUAUUUUGAGAAUUCUUAAGCAAAGUUUGUUGAAAACUAAAGAAUACGAGAGUUCAGAGUCGACAUUAGAAGCCGAACAAACUUUCUCACGGUCACCGAGUUUGCAUUCAGAUGUUGACUUUUCGGUCACCACUAAUCUGUUCUUGGAAGAAAAUCCUUACGAAGUUAUUAAGGAACCGAUUUAUGAGGAAAUUCCGGACGAACCACCGCCACUGCCAUUGAGCCCACCGCCGACUGAGGAUUACAUUAAAGGACGCAUUUAUUUUCCGGAAGAGUACAAGGAGAGUUAUUACAAAAAAGUCAAUGCUGGACAGUAUUUAGGCUCCUAUUUGACGGAUGACGUUUUCAAAAAAUCUGAGGAUGGAGACUACUUGUCCAAAAGUCCGCAAGAGUUUUUUAAUAAGCCCGCGUCGACGGCGGAUGGAAAGCUGACCAAGAAAUUCGAGUUACUGAAUUUUCUGAUGGACAAGGAACGGCCGGUUGUUGAGGUCGAAGAAGAUGAAGUUGAAGACGAUGACGAAGACACUGAGGGCGACUUGGAGGCUCUUUAUGAACAGAAGGAAACUAGUAUGGGCGACUUGAGCUCCAAGAGCUCGCAGAUUUCUAACGUUUCGGACAGCAGUGAGGAGUGCAAUAUUAUUCUUACCAGUGCUACGGAAGCUUCAAAGACACGGAGCGUGGACAUCGAGCGAACUGACAGCGGAGUUGGAUCAGAGAGCAGUCAAGCGAGCAGCAGCCGCGGCGUGGUAAGACGUUGGCGAGCCGGAAACACCUCAUCUUCCUCCUCCUCCGGUCCGGGCAGUCUCCUCGCUGGAAUCCCUCAGGUCAUAUCCGGCGAUGCGAAACUCUGCGAGGAUUGCGAGCAACGUCUUGAGCCUCUAAUCACCGACAGUGGUGUCGUUUAUGCGCCAUUCGUUUGCCGGAAGUGCUCGAAGAAGCGUGCCGAGCGUAAAGAAAUAAUAACUGAAAUCGUGGAGACAGAGCAGAAGUACGGAAGGGAUUUGAGAAUUAUUUUAGAAGAGUUUCAUCGACCUAUGCUACGUGCUGGUCUUUUAACGCAAGAACAAUUGUCUGCAAUAUUUCUAAACGUCGAAGAACUACUCGAGCACAAUCUAGUACUCGCGGAGAAGUUGAAAGAUGCCGUUGAACUCAGUCAAGUAUCUGGAGACGAAGAUCUAGUGACAGUGGACGUGGGUAAAAUAUUUCUCGAGUCCGAGCGGAUGCUACACGCGUUCGAGAGCUACUGCACCCGGCAAGGCGGCGCGAGUUGUCUGCUCCAGAACUUGGAGAAAGAAAAAGAACUGCUGAGAAUAUUUCUAAAAGUAUCCCAGAUGGAAAAUGCUGUUCUAAGACGGAUGAAUUUGAAUUCUUUUCUCAUGGUACCUGUUCAGAGGGUUACUAAGUAUCCUUUGUUACUCGCUCGUCUCCUUAAAGCGACGCCGUGUGUUAGAAUAGACGUCCUGGAAGCGAGAAAGAGAUUAGAACAGGCACGAGCCAACAUUGAACUUCACUUAGAGCACAUGAAUGCCGAAGCCAAAGAUGUCACAUCGACAAAACUCUGGCGCAGGAUUUCAAUAAUCCAGAAUGGCAGGAGAUCUAAUGGCGAACACGACAUGGUCAAUAUUAAAUUACGCAAGAUGGCUGUUGAAGUCCUCGAAUGGGCACACGAAGAAGCGCGUUUUGUUUUGGAGGGUCGUCUUCUUGUUGCUCAACCAACCGAUAAUAAUUGGCGACGAGGAAGAACUGUUAAAUUAGCACCUGUCAUUGCUAUGCUUGUUACCAACGGAAAAUCAAAUACGGAAUUCGUUGAUCUUAAUGACGACUCAUUAUUCCCGAGACAAAUUGGUAUCAAAGAAGCAACUCUGCUGCUGGUUAAAGAAAAAAUUGGACGUUAUUCACUUCUACGAGAGCCAUUGUACCUGGAUAAAUGCAUAGUAUGCUGCGAAACAGAUCUUGAAGAUUACUUUGAAAUUCAAGAACUUGCUUCUAAGGAAACUUUUAUAUUUAAAGCUGAAGACGGGGCGAGAACAAAAAGAUGGUGUCGAACACUUCAAGCCCAUGCACAAUCACUAGGUGCCUGGCGUCGACGUCGCGGCGCACUUCCCAACAUCAUGAUUUGCGGAGUCGCAAGAAGUUAAUCCCGCAAUUAUAAAUUUAAAAACUCAUAAAUAAUCGAUUUAUUAAAAUAAGCUCUGAACAAAACUUAUUACUGUAUAACCAAAUAGAUCAAUCGAUCUUUAAGUAUCGAAAUAAUUUCUAAUUGACCUUCAAUUAGACUCUGAUGUAACGUUCGCUCCCUUGUUCAUACAGUUAAUUAAUUAAUUAAUAAUAAUAAUGAUUAUUAUUAUUAAAUAAAUAACGAAGGAUGCGCAAGUGAUCCUCAUAUAUAUUAUUAUUAUUAAUAAUUAUAUCUAUAUAAUUAAUAUAUCAUAGACGUAAGAAUUAUUUAAAGAAAUUCAAUUAACAAUUUUAAAAAGAUUGAGUAGCUGUGAUAUUGAUUGGUGAUUUGGGAUUUUCAAAUUUUAAUAUUUUUUUUUUAAUGAUUAAUUAAUUAAUUAUAAUUUAAUUCAUUUUUUAAAAUGUACCGAGUUUUUAUCGAGUGUGGA